UCAUUUUUUGUGAACUGCUGACAAUAUUUCUCCUAAAUUCAAAAUAUAACUAUUGUUAGAGUGUAUAUUUAAAGGAAAUGACAACACCUCAAAAUAACCCAAGAUCAUGCAGUAUUUGCAGAGCUUUAAUAACUCAAAUAAAACAAAAUGCAAAUAAUUUGUAAACAAAUUGUGUUAAUGCUUUGGCUAAAUAUCAUUAAGAAAUCAGUAUUUGGUGGAAUAACCCUGAUUUGCAGGCGUUUCGGCUCCAUGCUCUCCACCAGUUUUUCACAUUGCUGUUGGGGAACUUUAUACCACUCUUUUUGCAAAAAAAGCAAACAGCUCAGAUUUGCAUGAUGGUUUGUGACCCCCCAUCUUCCUCUUGAUGACAUUCCAGAGGUUUUCAAUAGGGUUCACAUCUGGAGAUUGGGCAGUGGUCUCUUAUUGUUUUCUCUAGAGCUGUAUGUUGGACCUGAUGUCCAGUUGUUUGUUUGAACAUCAGCAGUGUUUCCUCCACGCGGCUAGGUGUCAGAACGCACACCCAUCAUAUUAUUAUUAUUUUGUCCGCCGCCGAAUGUGAGUGCGUCACUUCCGUCGCGCCAGAUUUGAGCCAAUGGCGUUGUGCCCAGACAGGCGGUCCGGCUCCAGGUUUAAAUGCUCGCGCGAACUCACUCUCACUCACUCAGAGUUUAGAAAGUGUAGAGAAGAUCAUAAUCUGAGAAAUCGGUAACAAGUCAAUAAUAAACACGCUGCAGAAAAGAGGACACGAUGUCAGCCGAGAGGCCUCUCCAGGAGUUGCCGUGUCUGAAUGAGAAUCUCGAUGGCUCUCUGUUGUGCAUGUCUCAGUCCAAAGCGAAGAAAAGGCCGUGUGCUUAUGGAGAUGGACUGCAGGCUGAAAACACUCCUCACGAGCUUAUCCAGCACUGGUCUCCUCCCCGUAAACAGCCACGGCCCUGUGCCAAGGGCAAAGAAAAUGUCUUUGUCCUCGCCAGACGCCCCAGGAGGAGCAGAGACACGGCAGGUGUACUGUGUUGGGACACCCUCCCAGACGAACUGCUGUUGGGGAUUUUCUCUCGUCUCUCGUUACAAGACCUUCUCAGGACGUCUCACGUCUGCAAGCGCUGGCAUCGACUGGCGUUUGAUGAGUCGCUGUGGCACAGUGCUGACCUGGUGGGAAAAGCACAGCUGAAUGGCGAGCUGGGUCAGGUGCUCACAGCGGGGGUGUCGAGGCUGCGCUGUCCACAUUCCUGCAUAGGCGACCCCUGCUUUAAGAACACACAACUCCUGCGUGUCCAGCAUUUGGACCUGUCCAGCUGCACCGUGCAGACACCUGUGCUGGAGGACAUCCUGUCGCGCUGCAGUCGGCUGCAGAACCUCAGUGUGGAGGGACUCGUCCUGUCUGACUCCAUCCUUCGAUCUUUGAGUGAGAACGCAGAGCUGGUGCGACUGAACCUGUGCGGCUGUAGUGGUUUCUCUGCUGACUCUCUGACCGAGAUGCUUCAAUCCUGCACCAAGCUUGAGGAGCUGAACGUGUCGUGGUGUGACUUUAGCAGUGAUCAUGUUGAGGCUGUCGUUAACAACGUCCCCACCACCAUCGCUCAGCUCAACAUCAGCGGCUACAGGCAAAACUUUACCAUGGACAAUGUGAAGGUGCUGGUGGAAAGAUGUCCGAAUCUCACACAUUUGGAUUUAAGCGACAGCGUUCUCGUGACCACAGACAGUUUCCCCUUCCUGCAGCAGCUCCCCUCACUGAGACACUUAGCGCUGAGUCGCUGCUACCAGAUUCACCCAGCCGCCCUCGUAGAGUUUGAGAAGUUUGCGACUCUGCAGACCUUGGAGGUGUUCGGUCUUAUACAGGACAGCUCACUGCCCAUCCUGAGUAAAGGGUUGCCACAGAUACAGAUCAACACCCAGCCGUUCUCGGGCGUGGCUCGUCCUACCGCAGCCACACGGAAAGACCGCACACUGUGGGGAAUGCACUGUCGACUGGUGUAUAAACCCUAACCGGCGCUCCAGCACGAUUUGACUUAGGAGCAAAACAAGAGGUGACUUUUUUAGUCUGAAUAGGUUUAAGAGAUAAUGAGGUAACCUUGUGAAGUCAGUGUUGUCACGGUGAUAUCGACUAGCAUGUUGUAUAAAUCACGCCUCUUUUUAAGGAGCGGAAUCUUGAUAUCGACAUACAUAAUGAUUGUGUACGGACUGUAGGUGACCACUUUUGCACUUUCGAAUGGUUUACAACUCGGUUCUGUGAGCAAAGAAUGUGAAUUUAUUUCACAUGCUUUUUGUUACCACUAAUGAUGACUGCAGCUUCAGAAGGGUAAAGGACCUCCACUGUUGGUUUUUAAUUCCAUUUCAAGUGUUUUAAGAAAAAAAAAAAUCCUACAAUUUUAGACCUUUUCAAAGCACAAACCGAACUGUGAAUAACUUCCCGUGCUUUAACGUGUUAUGAUAAUGGUUUGUUUUGAAAGUUCAGUCGUUUUAAACUAGAUGUGAUUUUAUCAUGUUACCUUUUUUUUUUUUUUUUUUUGUUCCAGAUUCUCAUUUUAAUAAGUGAGUGAAUUAUACGGAUGCACCUAUACAAUACAGAAAUCCAGAAUUGUAAACACUGACCCAGACUUAAUGCUACUGAUGGGCUUCUGAGUUGCACAAUGAUCUAAAGUUUGUGCCCCUCUGGCAGAAGAUUGAGGUGAUGCUCAGGAGCCUGAGAUGGCGUACAACUAAACUUGGAACAUUUCUGUCUUAAAAAAAUAUCUUCUUUCAGCUAAUAAUGUUUAUACCACAGUGCCGUUGGAAUUUUUAAUUUUUUUAUGACAGCAGAGCUAGGGCAUUUGAAAUGCCACAUAAAAGAAUUUAAAAACAUGAAGUUUUCUGAUGGGUGAUGAGUGGAGACUCCUUAAAACAGAGGUAGAGAUGCAAAAUAUGACGUAUGAGGAAUGCAAAAAAAGAAGUCCUGGGUAUCCAGUUUACUGGUAACAAGACCAGUUAGGAGAGCUGGUGAGGGAACAAAUGCUUAACUUUUGUCCACAAAACUAGCUUUAUCUUAAAAAUUGCUGAGAGAUAAGAGGAAUAAAACACUGUCUGCUGUUACUAGAAAAUAAACACCAGGAUGGUAAAUGUAACACACUUCCUGAGUAUUAUUCAUUACUGAGAAGAUAUCCAUUCUGAUUAUAACCAGGUUAUUUGAUUAAGAAGAGUAAAGAGAAAUGUGUCAAGAUGUCUGUGAAUUAGAUUGGAAAAUGCAUCCAGUGUUUCAGUACUGAUAUUCUGGAGCAUCGGUGCAUCCCUGUUACAUGCUUCAUUGGUUUGUACCCUGCACACAGUUUGUUUUAUGCAUAUAAAACCUUACAGCAUUAAAAUAAGUCUGCUGGAAGAACAAGUGUUCAGUUCACAUGUUAAAGCAACUGGAUUUAAAAAGAAAGUUACCUGUUCU